AUGGACCUAGUCGGCCCCUUACCGCCUUCCGAGGGCAAUAUGUAUUGCCUUACCAUCAUCGACAAAUUCACCCGGUGGCCCGAAAUAUUUCCGCUACCGAUCAUGACAGCAAUUACCGUGGCCCGAGCGUUCAUCAACGGCUGGAUCGCACGAUUCGGCGUACCAACACAUGUUACGACUGAUUGUGGUAGGCAGUUCGAAUCGGAGUUAUUCAACACUCUGACAAAACUGCUUGGCAUUACACACUUGCGCACAACACCAUAUCACCCACAAGCAAAUGGCCAGAUCGAACGGACACACCGACAGCUGAAGGCAGCGAUCAUGUGCCAUCAACAUUCCCGCUGGACCGAAGUUUUGCCGAUCGUUCUUCUCGGGAUGCGCUCAUCCAUAAAGGAAGAUCUGCAAGCAACGUGUGCUGAACUCACUUACGGAACAACACUUCGAUUGCCUGGUGAGUUUUUCCAACAAAGCGACUUAAAUAAGCCAACAUCCGAAUUCGUAACCGACUUCAAUGCCAUCAUGUCUCAGCUGAGACCAACACCCACCGCCAAUCACUCGAAGAAUUCUACAUUCAUCCAGAAGGAUUUGUUUACAUGCAGUCAUGUUUUCGUGAAGGUUGGUGCGAUCAAACCACCCCUCACACCACCUUACGACGGUCCCUUCCGAGUGAUUCGCCGCAAAAAGAAGAUCUUCAUCAUCGAAGUAAAUGGUAAGCCAACUGCAGUUUCCAUCGAUCGUCUUAAGGCCGCUUUCUUACAAGCAGAAGCUGCUAAAGAAGAUGAUACCAGUACGAGAAAAGCCGAAGAACCACACAUCUACAAAACACGUUCCGGCCACAACGUGAGGAUUGCACAACGAUAUUGGUAA